GUUUUUUACUCACCACACAUAUCGGCUUCUUCACUUUUUUUUACCCACCGAGAGAGUUCAAAAUAUUGAAGCACGUCGUACUCAUCAAUGGCAUCUUCUUCACAGGCGAAUGUCCCAUAUCUUCGUCGCGACACUAUAGACCAGACGGAGGUUGCUAUCAGCACCUACUAUAGGGAUUCACAUUUUCCGGAGCUGGUUGAAACUUUAAAUGUGGUCGGCGAACAGUGCAAUUCAGAUUUAUUGGGAAGAUUUAGAGCAUCAUGUUUUGGGCAUUUCACUGAUUGGAGGCCCGGCGCGAAGAGCAAUAAAGCAUUACACCAGAUUGUAUCGAGGCAGAUUGUGUCAGAAGAAAAUGAGAUGUGCUUCUUUCUGUGCGGAGCACGAGUCAGAUUUUCCCCUGCGGACUACGCAUUAGUGACUGGGCUCAAUUUCGGGGGAUCGAGGUUCGAUGCGACGUUACAGCACGACUGCAGUCGCGUGGAGGCAUACCAACGAUUCUGCGGUACGCGAAGCAUGACCAUACAGUCGCUCAUCAAACGCGUGUGCGAUUUGGAUCGUCGAGUGGAUGAUGAGGAUGGGAGCCUGUACCUUCGUGCUGUCCUCGUGUGUGUGGCUCACACCAUUGUUCUUGGGUUGGAUACGCGGGUACAGCCGUGGCUUUGGGUUUUGGUGGAUGAUCUGGCUACAUUUGAUAGAUUCCCCUGGGGCGCGUAUUCGUAUAAGAUGUUAUGUCAUUAUACGAGAGAGACAGGAAAGGGUGAGAAGUAUCACUUCUACGGUCCUUCGUGGGCUUUAUAUGUCUGGGCAUUGGAGCGCGUCCCGGGCCUCGGACACAUGGUCGCAGCAUCUAGCGGUGAUCCGACAGCGCACCCUCGGUGUUUGAGAUGGACUUUCAGGGGUAAGCCCCGGCUUCACGGUCUGCGCGAUCUAUUCGAGGGACAGGGUGGUGUCCUGCCCCUGGAGCCCGAUGAUGACGAUCUGUCGAGUCACUACUUCAUAUCAGCGCUGACACCGGGCGAACUCUCGGUGAGCUUCAGGCCCCCCGACAACCCAUUAGCUCGGGGUGUCCAAUUUCCACAGCAGACCGGAAGCCCGUGUUGUGGAGGAGCGCGGGGACGAGGAGAAUGUACCUAG